CCUCCCCAAGCCCAGCACAGACCUCGUGGUAGACACGAAAUUCUCGUCUCAGCCAUAUUGAAAAAUUGAAUGUAUCUGUUACACAAGGGCUCAAGAGUAGCCGAUAAUUAUUUGCAUAAUCCUCGUCAAAAAGAGGAUAAAUAUCGCCAUGGAGUACAGCAUCACUGUAACUAACAAGUUCUCGUUAGCCCUGGACGAAGAUGAGGAUCCUUUGGAGCUACUGAAAGUUCGCGAACAAGAGAAGGAAGCUAAGAAAAAAGAAAAGCUAUCAGAAAAGGAGAACAAAAGUAAGCAACCUGAGGCACCAGCCAAAACUCCUGGUGUUAAACCACAAAAGAGUCGUGUUAUCAAGGAAGCACAGCAGCAGCAAGUCAAACCUGCUCAGGAACUCAAAAAGGAUCAAGUUGAAAAAAAACCAGCUCAGCAACGUUCAGGCGGCGGUGAUCGCAACGUAAAGUUCUCCGGCGAAUCACGCGAGGAUCAUAACAACAGACGUAACCGUGAAGAUGGUGAUCGUCCUCCUCGUAAUCAGGGAGAAUACAGACGGGGACCUCCUGGCGAGGGCCGAGAAAACCGGGACUACCGGAACUCAACUGACGGCCCACGCGGCGACUUUGGCGACCGAAGACCUGCACGUGGUGGUCCGCGAGGCGGCGGCUUAGGCCCACGUGGUGGACGCGGUGGACCAAGAGGACCACGUAGUGGUUUUGACAGUCGCGGCAAACGGGAAUUCGAUCGUCAAUCUGGUUCUGAUAAAACCGGAGUUAAACCAGUUGACAAGAAAGACGGCGCUGGCAGCCACAACUGGGGAACUCACAACGAUGACAUUGCGGAAAGUCUUAACCCGGAAAACAAUGAAGACUGGGGUAAUUUGGACAAACCCGAAGAAGCACCAGCAGCUUCAACGGAGCCCAAGGACUCAACAGAAGCUCCAGCAACUGCUGGCGAUGUAUCUGCUGAAGAAAAACCCGCUGAGGAAGAAACGAAAGAACUGACAUACGAUGAAUGGAAGGCAUUGCGCGGUACUCGUGCCAAGCCGACUUACAAUUUGCGUAAGGCCGGUGAAGGUGAGGAUUUGACUCGCUGGAAAAAAAUGUACGCCUUGGAAAAGAAGAAGGAAGGCGCCGAGGAAGAUGAAGAAGAUGAGGACGAUUAUGACGCCGCUGCCGAGUAUCCGCAACGCGUUGGCAGACAAAAGCGCGUCUACGACAUUGAGAUUCAGUUCAGUGACUCUCGGCGUGGCGCUGGAGGACGCGGUGGUCGUGGUGGACGUGGUCGCGGUGACCGCAUGAAUGGACGCGGCUUCGGUGGUAAUCGCGGUGGAAUUACCAGAGAUGAUACUCGCGCUGCUGACGUCAUCAAGGCUCCAGCUCCAUCAGUCGAACAAAGAUCACCACGUGGACGUCCCCAAAACGCUCCCAAGGUCGAUGAUGAGCACGACUUCCCAUCCUUGGGCUAGGAUUCCAUCACAGCCUCUUAAUUUCUCCCUGCUGUGUUAACAUUCAAGCAGCAAAUUGAAAGAAAAAAAAAAAAAUAAAAUAAUAAAAAAUAAGAAUAAAAAAAACUCCCACCAUGGAAAAAAAAAAAAAAAAAUUAAAAUAACUACACUCAGAACCAUCAGUGAAUAAUUAAAUAAUUAUUAUAACUUUAAAAACUAGCCCUCUAUGCUACUUUUAUUAUAAAUUGUCACCACAAUCUCGCAACGUUAAAAAAACAUACUUAGUUAUAUAUUUAAUAUACGUAAAAAACAUCAGUACGUAUGCGUAAAUUAAAAUCCAAGGAAUAAUUGAAUAAAAGUAAAUCAUAAACGUUGAUAAGAGUAGACAACAAAAGUGAAUGAUACUUAUGACUAUAAAUUAUUAAUUUAUUAAUCUGUCGAUUAAUCAAUUAAUAAAUACCAUGUAGUUUUUUUUCCUGCAUUAUUUGUGCAGCGUAACAUAAACCGUCUUAUUUUUAAUAUACUAGUCUAAGAACGACUGCUGGAGUAAGUCACGCGGAGACUAAGUGUUUAUGUUUUAAACUUAACGUGCGUGUACGUAAAUUUAUUUUUUUUUUUUUUUUAUUUUUUCGCAACAACUGUAAUAAAACAAACAUUUUUACAUGGUAGCGUUGUAACAGUGUGCAAAUUGCUACAUUAAUUAUUAUUAUUAAUUAUAAUUAUUAUUAUUAUUAAUUUUUAUGCAGAAAAUUAAAUGAAAAUAAAAUGACGACAGAUGAACCAGAAGUACGAUUAGAAGAACCGAUUUUUACAGUCUUAAAUAUUUAUAUAAAAUUAAGGAUUUAAAAAAACGAUAACACAUACGGAGAUUGCAAUGUUUUUUUUUCAGCGCAUUUUGUUAAAUUUUUUUUUCUUUUUUAGUUAAGAGUUAAGAGUAAUUGAAGGCCUAAUUGCAGGCUAAUAAAUAUAAAGCUAUCUGAGGAAUACCUAAUACGUAUAAAUAUUAAUAAUUAAAAAAAUAAUAAGCUUGUAUAAAUAAUUUGCUUGGAUACUAAAAAUUAAGACUCUUGAUGGCCUUUAUUUUGAUUUUUUUUUUUUCAAUUACUUUUUUAUAUUGUUUAAAAAUAAUAAUAAUAAUAAUUGUCACUGUGCUGAGCCCGGCAAUCGAUGCCAUUUUAUUUUAUAAAAAUAUUGAAAAUUUAUUGUUUUCAAAUUUUUCUCGUAUUGAUAAGUUUUUUUUUGGCUUACAUUUAAAAACAAUGAAAUGUAUAGUAAUAAUUUACUUUAUAUAAUUAAUUAAAAAAAGAAAAUUUAAAUUUAAAAAAAAAUCUUAUAAAUCACGCAGACUUUUGUCCUCGAUACAUUUAUUGGAAAUAAAGAUCAAUUUUCUCGUAUCGAUAAUAAUCAGUAAUUAUAAAAAAAAGAUAAUAAAUUCCUUAAGUAGUAAGUGAUUAGCGGGAUUGAUUACAUCUAUUUUAUAGCAACUGCUAAAUGUACACUUGUAUUUAAAACAAAAAUAUUAAAAUUACAUUACAAGAUUUCUAUAAGGGAAAUAAAAAUAAACUGUUAAUA